CAUUCUGGGUAUAUGUAGUAGAUAAUACAUGGUAGCAUACUUAGCAGCGGUAACAGGUCCUUCUAAGCUGCAGUGGAUUGGGCAAAAGAAAGGAAGAAGGGUAGGCGGCGGCCGGAGGAGAGAUGAAUACGGACAUAACGGCGGCCGUGAAGCCGGAGUACCCGGUGGUGGAUCGCAACCCUCCCUUCACCAAGACCGUCGCCAAUUUCAACGCCCUCGACUACCUCCGUCUCUCCACCAUCACCGGCGUCUCCGUCACCGUCGGCUACCUCUCCGGGAUCAAGCCCAAUAUCCGAGGGCCCUCGAUGGUGACGGGCGGCCUGAUCGGGCUGAUGGGCGGCUUCAUGUACGCCUACCAAAACUCCGCCGGGCGGCUCAUGGGAUUCUUCCCCAACGACGCCGAGGUGGCCCGUUACCAGAAGUAGAGAGGGAGGUCUAAAUUCUCCGUUCAAUAAUUCUUGGGCUGCUUUUCUUCUAUUUAUUUGUGCUGGUUCAUAGAUAAUGGGUUUUGCCCUUCUUGUCUUCCAGAAGUCUUCAUAUGAUCUUUGUAACAUGAUGUUAACGGCUGUCUGAUUUACUUCUGUACUUCUUGGCUACAUUAUCCUUUGCUUGAUCUUUUUUCUUCCCCAAGGUCUGAAAUUUUUACCAUGUCUCAAUUAUUCUCUAAUAAGUGUGCCAUUGCAUCAUUUGAAGAUCUACUAUGAUGGAUGGAUGUUCUUGGAUUUU